UGGCUCUUAACAUCAAAGUCUGUUAAUUGUUAUUGAUUUUCAAUUCUAAUUGUUUUGUUGACUAAUUUUCUUAAUUGUCUUUUAAUUUUGUGCCUUUUAAACUGAAAAUCAAUUAACUUUCUAGUCUUUAAAUCUGCAAUUAGUCUUGUGUGUUCAUCAUCAGUUUUCCGGUGGUAAAAGUGACAGUUCUUGCAAUUGGAUUGGUAAAGAUAAAGAAACAAUAGUAAAUAGGGAUAAUAAUAUUUCUAUUGAAAAUCUAUUGAGACAAUGGCUCUUUUCCGAACCUCCAAUCUUCCAAAAGGUCAUAUAUUUCCUGUCCGUGUGAUUGUAAAUUUAGAUGAAUAUCUGGUUGAUGAUUAUGUUAAAAGAAUUGAGGAAAGUAUUUCGAUUCGUUCAUCACCGGAAGAAGCUAAAUCUCAAGUCGAUCGAUUGAAAAGUUAUCAACCUUUGAUGAGAAAGAUUCUGGAAUUGCGUCCCAAAAGGGAGAACUUGGUCACUUUUAUGGGAACAAUCGAAGACAAUUUAGGUGAUACCAAUAGUUAUUUCACAAAUGUUCGACCCGAUCUAUCUCAUCUUACCAAAGACUUAGAAAAUAUCGAACAAGAAUUAAGACCAUUGGAAGACGAGGUUAUUUCUUUUCUUCUAAAAUUACCCAAUGAAAUAGAUGAAGACACCGAGAGAUCUGAUGGACAAUAUUUCACCGUCAUCGAAGAAGUGACCAAACCUCGACCAAAAUUCAAACUACUUGAUUCGGUUAAAUUAGCUUAUAUCAAUUUCGGUCAACAUACAAGUAUCAUUGGACCGGCAUCUCAAUUCAUAACAGCUGAUGGAGCUAAAUUGUUUAUCGCUUUGACCCGAUACUUUUCAUCAUCUCUAUUGUCAGCUGAUUAUAUUCCCUUUGUUGGUCUUGACAUUGUUAAAUCAGCAAUAAUUCAGGCCUGUGAUGCCGAGAGAGUUGAUAAUAUUUACAAUGAUCCUUUGUUAAUUGCUCAAGGAGAUGAUGCUGAAGCAGUGAACAAUUAUAUUCAUUUGGUUGGUGAAUCUGCUUUUGAAGCAUUUGCCGGUUUGUUGAAUAGGCGAGAAAUUAAUCCAUCACGUUUACCCUUGCGAUUCUCAUCAAUUGGAUCAAAUUAUUCAUCGACAUUAAAUCAAUAUCAUACAGUAAAUUGUGUCACUUUAACACCGAACGAGCCCAAAAUAUCAGCUCAAGAAACUCAAUCAAUGGUUUCAUUUGCUUGGUCGUUAUACAAAGAUCUUGGGCUACCCUGUAGACUGGUCAAAUGUUCAGGUCAAAUGUUGAAAGCAAACGAAUCAAGUAGAUAUGAGAUUCAAGUUUGGAUGCCGUCAUCAUCGACCUGGAAGGCAUCAGGUCAUGUCGCUAAUCACCGCGAUUAUACAACUAAAAGAUUGGGACGAGAAGGAUAUUCAAUUGUUAAAGGAACACUAGUUAAUUGUGAUGUUUUGGUUGCCUCUUUAAUGGAAAACAAUCAACAAGAAGAUGGAACAUUUAAAAUUCCCGAUUUACUCGAGCAACAAUUAGUACCCAAAAGCUUUUGAAAUGAACCGAAAUUUUCUGAUUGUAGAUUUGUAACUGUGCCGAAAAUUGUAGUUUAACAAUUGAUUUUUUUUUCCUAGAAUAAGAUUAUGACAAGAUUAAAUUGUUCGGUGAAAUUUAUCGUGUCUUUAUUAUAAAGGAUUAAAAAAGGUUUUCUCUUUUCGAGAUCAA